CGUGCCGCGUGUGCGGGUAGCGCCGGCCCGGGCCGUGCCCACGCCGGCAGCGAACCGCGAUCCCCGGGAGCCGCCGGCCCUGAGGCCCGGGCGGGGCGCGGCCAGCCGACCCUUCUCCCACAGUGGAUCGGGUGAGGCCGCCGCCCAGGCCGGGCCGGCAGCACGGCAUGAGGAGGGGGGCCCGCUCCGUGCCGCCUCCAUUCCCGUGCGGGAAGAAAUGACUACCCCAAACAAGACCCCACCUGGUGCUGAUCCAAAGCAGUUAGAGAGGACUGGUACUGUUAGAGAAAUAGGCUCACAAGCAGUUUGGUCCCUUUCAUCCUGUAAGCCAGGAUUUGGAGUGGAUCAGUUACGAGAUGAUAAUCUAGAAACUUACUGGCAGUCAGAUGGAUCACAGCCUCAUUUGGUGAACAUCCAAUUUAGAAGAAAAACAACAGUGAAGACCUUAUGUAUUUAUGCAGACUACAAAUCUGAUGAAAGUUACACUCCAAGCAAAAUCUCUGUCAGAGUAGGAAAUAAUUUUCAUAAUCUCCAGGAAAUCCGGCAACUGGAAUUAGUGGAACCCAGUGGCUGGAUCCACGUUCCUCUCACAGAUACUCACAAGAAACCCAUUCGCACCUUUAUGAUCCAGAUUGCUGUUCUAGCAAAUCACCAAAAUGGAAGAGACACUCACAUGAGGCAAAUCAAAGUGUACACCCCGGUGGAGGAGAGCUCCAUUGGUAAAUUUCCCAGAUGUACAACAAUUGAUUUCAUGAUGUAUCGCUCCAUCAGAUGAAGUUUCCUCACAAGGAAUAAUAAAGGUAGUUUUUCAUGACCAUAUCAUUGCUAAAGUAUUCGGAUACUUAAAGAGCAGGAUUUACUUCAGUGUAAUUAAAUCUUUAUGUUUAUAUUUUGUACAACUUUGAAAUAAAGAUAAUUUUGUGUUACAGUA